AUGACGAUCACCACACCUUUACAUUCGAUGGUCAACCAUCUCGGCCAGCUUGUUCUCCAGGAUACCAUCAAUCCGUCUGCUCAGACACACUUUGAGCUGCUGCAGAUGAUUGACCAGUUCAAGCUUGCAGUAGAAACACCGACCGAGACGGUGCUUCGUCUCAUCUAUCAGCCUCCUCAAAACGCUGCUCUCAAGACAGCUGUCGAUUUAGGAAUCUUUCAUAUAAUCAGCCGGGAGGAAUACAAGGACACAGGUAUAUCUGCUGCAAAAUUAGCAGAAUACACUGUUGCAGACCAAGAUUUGAUCGUUCGAUUGAUGCGUGUUAUGACCUCUCUGGGUCUUUGCGCAACUCCAGCACCCGCACUAUACCGAGCCAACGAGAAGACCAUUGCACUGACACAGCCGAUUGGCCGAGAUGGUGUCCGAUGCAUAUAUGAUCUCACAGUUCCCACAUUAAGCCAAUUACCCGAAUACCUCCGAGUCCACGGUUAUAACAAUCCUCAAGACUACGAAAAAUCGCCAAUGCAAUGGACCGUUGGCCACAGUCAGUUCGAAUGGUUAGCCCGCAAUCGAGAACAACAAGCUUUGUUCAACUCAUACAUGGCCAGUCGGAGACAAGGAAAGGCUAGAUGGUUCGAAAUGUACCCGGUGGAGAGACUUCUCGGUCCAGCAGUUCCAUGCGAUGACACCGUCUUCCUGGUCGACGUUGGAGGUAACCAGGGUCAUGAUCUGAAUCAUUUUCGGCAAACUCAUGGUCAAAUCCCUGGACGAUUGAUCUUACAAGAUUUGCCCGCCGUUGUGAAAAAUGUGUCCAACUUUGGAUCUAGUAUUGAAGUGAUGCCCUACAGCUUUCUUGAUCCGCAGCCUGUCAAGGGAGCUCGGGUUUACUAUUUCCGUUCGAUUUUUCACGAUUGGUCUGAUAAGAUAUGCCAUCAGAUCCUGCGCAACACAGUCUCUGCUAUGGCACCCGAGUAUUCGCGAAUUUUGAUUGUGGAUUUUGUCUUGUCGGAUACAGAUGCCCCUCUCAUGCAGGCUUCUCUGGAUAUUCAGAUGAUGAGUAUCGGUGCAGGAAUUGAACGGUCGGAAGGACAGUGGCGGGACUUGCUUCAUAGUGCUGGAUUAAAGAUUGAAGGCAUCUGGAGUCAAAGUCCUGGGAUGGAGUCUGUUAUUGAGGCUGUUCCCAUCUCAACAGGUCUGGUUGCAAAAGUAGAAUAA